GGGUUAGAGUUAUGUGCCAUGGCUUCGUACCCUUCUUAUGUGUGGAAAGACCCCGUUUUCUACUACAGUAUGAGAGUUAAAUGUAUCAACUGUUAAAUUCUUGUGUUAAAAUUUCAUUUUAAUACAAUAUAAUUAAGCACAUUGCGUAUUAGUGAAAUGAUUUAAUGUCUCACAUUCAUACUGAUAUAUUAUCUUUCCUUAUCCAGUUAAACACACUUCUAAAUAAAGCUGGUGCAGAACCAUUCAAACCACAGAGUUCUUUCUUCACGAUUUCAGGAACCCAGGUUAUAGGAGACAUGUUAUACAACUGCCAAGUUGGAGACACUAAAACACCAGCAUCUUUCCUGAAUGAUAUUUCACCUGUAUUGGGGAAUGUUCUGAUAUAUAUUCGUCUAGUUUUUAAGAAUUUGACCAAAGUACCUAGUGAGGCUGAUGUUCUCAAUGCUGCUAAUGCUCAGCUGGAUGCAAAGAUCAGAAGAGCACGAGAUCUUGUAACACAAAAACUGAGUGAUCCUGUGAGCAUACAGGAUGUCACCUAUCAGAAAAUUGACAACAACUCAUACAUUAUAAGCUUUGGAUUCCAAAUCAGCAAUGUGACAAUCUCCAAGGACAUGCAGCUGAGGAAUGGAACAUAUUCUUUAAUCCAAAACACCAUCAACAGCUUGUUGAACAAUAUUCUGAAUGUCAAAAAUGCUCCUGUAUUUGUCUUCCCACAAGCAAACUACACAUUUAAUGGUACAGAAAUUGUGGCUAAUUCAGAAUACGUCUUUGUGGAAGGUGACACCAAGUGGACACCAAGUGGAUUUCUAGAUGCAGUAUUCAACAUUAGCGGUCUGUCAACCCUCACUACUCCUGCUGCUCAAACAGACCCCCCUGUACAUGUAGUCCUAAGGCCCACAGUCCAAGCACAGAACAUCACCACUGUUGGAAAUUCUGCAUGGAUCCUGGGCAUCAUUAUCCCCUGCAGUAUAGUCAUUAUUCUCAUACCCUGCUGGAUUCUACUCUGUUGUCUGCUCUGUGGCUGCUGUGCUGGUUUAAGGAGGCGCUACAGCAGAAGACGGUCCUACAACGUCCAAUAUGCAACAAGAAAUGGACUCUUUUAAAAACAGAUUAUGUGUAAAAAAAUGUCUUGCAUCAUUUAUUUUAAUUAAUUUAUUGGAAUCAAUUAUUUAUUUAUUUAUUUAUUUAUUUAUUGAAUUUCAAGCUGCAUGUAGGCUGCAUACUAUAAAGAAAAUAAUCAACAGAAUGUAUUUCAUUCACAUAUGAAUUUCAUAUGUGCAUAAAUAUGUUUAUUUUGCCUGAUAAUAUGUAUAAUAAAGCUGAUAAUAUUA